AUGGCGACUCUCGUGGCAUGCGGCUAUGACGUCACUUCCGAGAACCUUCUCCAGCAGCGCCCCAUGCACAUGGCCCAUCAGAGCAGACGUCACGUGUUCUUUGAGUACCUACUACUGCUGAACAUGUGCGCGCGCAUGUGGGCUUCAUUGCACGCGCAGACGAGACUCAUAGCCAGGGGCCAGUUUGCGGAACUGACGUCAGAGAUUGAGCUCAUCGAGGAUACGUUCGAUUUCACGCCGCUCGCCGAUCUGCACGACACCUUACGGAAGCUGGACGCCUUACUGGUGGAAGCGUUAUCCAGCGUCACCGAGAGAACGUCAAACGACCGGACGUACCCGCCCACCAAUGACGAGGUGGCAACACAAACGUUAUGCGGGCUUUUGAAGGACAUCCACAGAGAAUACAUUUUGGAGAACUGGAACACGGAUCAUUUGUACGACAAAUAUCUUACGAACACCGGUCUUGGCGUCCCGGGCUCCUUUGGCGUGGAAGCAACGUCAAGCUUGACGUCAUCAAACGUGACAUCAUUUAAUGUAACAUCAUCAAAAGUUGCAUCAAACACGUUUGGGACUCCAGCUGAAGCAUGUUCCACCAAAUCGGGGCAGGCAGUAGAACAAAGUGCUAAGGCAGCAAAAACGGACACAAAUUUAUCUGAAUCAUUAGAAAAAUGUGAUUCAAAGCGAAAGAAACAGACUGCCGACACUGAUUCUGGUACGUCUGAAAACUCGGCGUCAGCAGUUAAUUCAACAAAACGUGAUGCUCCCGAAGAUUGUGUGAGAAGAACGCGUUUGAAGGACCAGAAUUCGUGUAAGCAGUUCACAAACAUGAACGGAACGAAAGAGGACACCGAUUCUAAAGAAGUUAAUAUAAGUAAAUUGGACAAAAGUGACGAUACAAAUCAGAGUGACGAAGGCAAUGCGACAGACCUACCCAAUGACCCAACGGAGAGACCUUUCACCAAGCUCCUUUCCCUGGACGAAAUAAUCGAUAUUUUGAUAGCUGGCGAAAGAAGGAAGGAGCGAGAAAUUGACGGGAGCGUUCACACGUCGAGCGGAAGCCUUAAGUCGUCGCACUCCAUGGAUCCGCCGUCCACAUUUACGUCGGUGACCUCACACACAUCCGGGGCAUCAGACUGGUAUAACCGGCUCGCGUUAACAAGUCUUGAGUCAGCAGCGACCGAUUACGUCACUUACAAAGACGUGUCACGGGAUGCGACGAGUGCAACUACGUCGUACUGGUGGGAUGUGGAGGACAGAGAAUACGCAAACGCAGAUGGUAAGCUGUCAGCGAUGUACGCCGACGACAUCCGUCGGCGUGUACACGUGCAUUGUGACAACGCCUCUUCAUCCUACGACGAUCUUUGUCGUCAAAGGAUGCAAGUCACCUGAAAGCCGUCCAACAAACUAGGCAAGUUAUCUUGACGCGCACUCUUAAUACCCUGUGACAAUUAAUCGUUGCAAAAGGCUUGGCUGAUCAUUGAUCUUUCAUAUAGAUGAUUUUAGUUAAUCUUGUCUUAUACAACUCUCUAAGCUAAUCAACGUUCAUUUGAAAUGACUCAUUCAUGUGCCGCGCUGUAUGAAAACUGGGCUUAAUGCAAGUGCGUAAAGUAUUGUCCAAGAUUAGCCUGUGCAGUUCGCAAUCUCCG